AAAGUACCCAGACCUGAAUCUCACGGAUGAAUAUUACAAACACUUGACCGCAUUUUUGAAUUAUAAGUUUUUAGUUGAGAACUACGAAUAUCAGACUAAUUUGUCGCUCCGUAAACAAAUGUUUUUAAGUUUUCCGCUUCUUUCUCGACCGUUCUACCGUUGAAGCACACGGAUCCUUAAAAUUUCUUUUUCCUUUUUUCUUGUUCCCCCUCUGGCGUAUUUUCCCGGCCUUUCUGGAAGGAAGAAGGCAUCUGAGAUUCGAUCCGCAGAGAAAACCCGUCGUCGGUGUCCAUUUUUUUCCGUUGCGAAUAAGCUUUCGAUUAUCUGUUCUUUCACACACCAAGAUUUCUGUUUUCACGGGCGUCGGGACGCCGGAAAGUUGCCUUCCCUCGCACUUCCGGUUAAAUCCAUCGCCGGAAUCUUCCCUAUGGCGGCAUCACCCACGGGUGCGCCCUUCCCCUCUCCCGUGACAUCCGGCGCCUCUCAUUUCACGUACUCGGCUGCUCUCUUCACCGAUCCUUCUUCCACCGCCAGCUAUGCCACUGGAAUGACGCCUGCGUCCAAUUUUCCCGUCCCUUUUCAUCUCCAGAAUACCGAUCCCUCGGUCCAGAAAUUGACUGAAUAUAUCUACCAGAACACCUAUCUGUUGCCUCAAUUGCCUCAGCCAGCGAAGAUUCAAGCACCGCAACAACUAUAUCCUUCUGCAUACGCCGCUUCGGCACCCGCGGCAACGCCGGUGGCGGGAGUUUAUGCUGUUCCUCAGUACCAGCAGGCGCAGCAGCUAUUCCAGAGGGACGCACAGAUUAUCACGCCAGAAGCUAUUGAGAAUGUGAAAGCGGCAUUAGCGAGCAGCGAGAUCGAUAACAAUGCGGAGACGAAGAAGAAGGCCGUUCCUCGGAAGGCCGCCGGGCAGACCUGGGAGGAUCCGACCCUUGCCGAUUGGCCAGAAAAUGAUUUUCGGUUAUUUUGUGGAGAUCUUGGAAACGAGGUCAAUGAUGAUGUUCUUACAAAAGCAUUUUCAAGAUUUCCUUCAUUCAAUAUGGCAAGGGUGGUAAGAGACAAGAGGACUGGAAAGACUCGAGGUUAUGGAUUCGUUAGUUUCUCCAACCCUUCUGAUCUUGCCCAAGCAAUCAAAGAAAUGAAUGGUAAAUAUGUUGGUAACCGGCCCAUCAAACUGCGGAAGAGCACUUAGAAAGAGAGGACGGAUUAUGAAGCCUUGGAAAGGCAGAAGCAUCAACAACAGAAGAAACCAAAAUUGCCUAAGAAGGGUAUUCUUCACAAGUGAAACUGUUCACGUGGGCCAGUAAUGGUUGUUCGAAGCUAUGGGACAUGGAUUGGAUACAGAUGAUUGAGAAGCAGAAGUUUGAGGGUGUAUCAUAUUUACUAAGCUGUGCAUACAAGCUGGGAGUUUUGGCAAAAAAGUAAGCAGUUAAUAGCAGACAGCCACAAAGAGAAGAGAUGCAAAUGGGUUGGACUUCAAUCAGUUAAACACACAGGAAAUUGGGCUCGAAUGAAUUCAAUACAAGCCGAGCGAAAAAGGGGAAACAGGACAUAGCCAAAACACUUGCACAGAUACCUAUUCUUAAAGAAUGCCGCUUUUUUCUUUGAGCAUGCUGAUAGUGAAUGAACUUUUUUGUUGGUUUGGGCCCACGUUUUGAUUUGAGCCGUUAGACUUUCAAAUAUUUGUUAUUUCUUCUAAGUAGCAUGUUUAUACAUAUUUGAAGCCAUAGGUUAUAGAUUUGGGGUCGUCCUUAGAGGCCACUGAUGACAAAUUAUCGUUUUUAUUUGACGUUUAUAUAUUUAUCAUUUUUGUC